AUGAAGGCCUUUUGCCUGCCAGGCAACGCCGGAGGAGAUGCGGCAUUUCCAACCGAUCCAGGGAUGUUGGAUUUCAGUGCACUCUACUAUGGUACAGAUUACCUGGAGCCCGCUGGCCCCGCAAACCAGGUACCUUCUCCGCGAUUGCACCCGCGGUUCGGGCGCAACGACUCGUGCUGGUCCCACGUUUGCCCCAACUCUGGGUGUUACCGCAUGUCAUGCAGGCCUGCCAAGACCUGCCUGUUGGUUCAAGCCUGUCUUCUCAUCUGUCAUUUGUCCAUGAAUACUAGCUUGGUGCUUCUUUCGGACCACAUGGCGCCGACAUCCCCCACAUGGAGAGACGGCACUUACUAUUCUGCCGAAUCGGGUACCUGCUGCGAAGUAGACCUACUCUCCCAACCACGAGCCGGGGGAUUCUCUCCGACCAAGAGCUGUAGAGUCCCACUCUCCGCCACGCCCGAUGUCGACGCUGUCGGGCCGAACUCUUUUGGGGCCAUGCCGCGGUCGAACGCCUCCUGGACGACACCGACGACUGUUCAGUAA